CACAUUCAGUAAUCGGAAUUUAUCUGCUGUCGCUGUUCGCUGUGCAUCUGUGCCUUUUGUUCUCUGCUUACCUUACUUGCGCUCCGUGGGCUCCGUGCUAUACGCCAUUUUGUUUUUAAGUGGCAUCAGCAACGUGAAAGCCGACUUCAAUUUUCCUUAUUUAACACGUAUUUUCAUCGCAGUUACAGUCAAAUCUUAACGCAAAAUGGUGGACAAGAUCGAAAUGAGCCUGGACGACAUAAUCAAGACAAAUAAAGGGGGUAGAGGCCGCGGUGGAGGCGGCAAUCGACGAGGAGGUGGCGGCAACCGACGCGGUGGUUCAGGCGGCAACCGCAGAACCGGUGGGGGCAACUUUAGGCCUUCCGGACGGUCCCCGGCUACAGGAGGCGUCCAAAGGGGCCGAAACAGAGGCGGCAUCUCCAGAAACUAUACCAGGGGAGACGUAAACAGUGCCUGGAAACAUGAUCUUUUCGAAGGUUAUGGCCAACGCAAAGUGGCUGCAGCAAGAGCCUCAGUAACAGCCUCUAUGGGACCCACCAAACUGCUGGUAUCCAACCUGGACUUUGGAGUAUCGGACUCUGACAUUCAAGAAUUAUUUGCUGAAUUUGGACCCCUGAAGAGUGCUGCAGUACACUAUGACAGAUCUGCAAGGUCAUUAGGAACAGCAGACGUAAUUUUCGAGAGGAGGAGUGAUGCUAUCAAGGCAAUGAAGCAGUAUAAUGGAGUGCCUUUGGAUGGAAGAGCGAUGAAUAUUCAGUUGACUACAUCAGAGAUCCCCAGCCCUAGGAGGCGGGUGCCUUCAGAGAGGUCAAGAUUCCCACCCAGGAGCCCCAGAGGAGGUGGCACAAGUAGAAGCAGACCUGUUAGAGGUCGUGGAGGAGGUAGAGGUGGUCAAAGGUCAGGACCCAGGAAAGUGCCCACAGCAGAAGAACUGGAUGCAGAGCUGGACGCCUACACCAAGGAGAUGAAGUAGAAACUUCCACGGACACCAGCGGCAGUGCGCAAGUGGUUUAAAUCAAACUGAAAGACUUUAUACACUAUGGAAAUAUUUGCAUUGACACUUCGGGGAAGAUUCUCAUCCAGCUAAAGUGCGUUAAAGGAUAAUUGACAAAUCCUGGAAUAACUCCAUUGCUCAAUUUUCAAAAGAACUGUUCAUUUUGUAGCAUCCCAAUAAUAUACACCUCAUAAUUGUUUUUUGGUAUGAUGAUUACUUAAUUCUUUGAAAAUUGUUUCACACUUGAGAUAAUGGGACAUUUUAUGUUGGGGGUUGUCAAUUGUGUCUGUCAAAAUGUCAUCUCAAUUUAUGCUUGAAUGGAGUUUAUGACAUUCUAUCUAUCUAUUCUUGUUUCGGAUCUAUUACAAGUUAGAAGCCGUGUUUAAUAAAUUAAUUACGACAAUUUUCUUAUUGUAGUGAACCAACUUACUUGUUUGCUCUACCAAACCUGUGGUUUCACUCACACAUUCAUUAAAAAAAUAAUUUUAUAUCGUUUUGAAUACAUAAAUAUCGCUUGAUAUCAUGCUUCUAUGGUUCCAGUCCACCCCUGUAUAACUCAAUAUUAUAAGAUUAAAUUUCAUUUGUUAUUUUGCACCACUUAACUUUUGGCAAAUUUAUGUAAAGGCCCACAAUCACGAUCGUUCCAAAUGGCUUGAAUUCACGUCACUUCAUUUUGCACUAGCUCCACGAUUAUUUUAGACUGGUUGAAUAUUAUGCCUAACGAUUCGGGUCUCUACGUUUGUGAAUAUUUUUUUGUGUGGUUUGGUCAAAUUAAUCUUGAUAUAGGAAUCGGGAGCUGAUAUUUCAAAUUGGUGGGAAUUUUCCUCAAGUAUCAUCGGAAAUGUUGCUGUGGUACUUACACAGUUGAUGAUUGUUACUUUUCUAUACUGAUAGAGUUGAGUUGAGAUAUAAUAUCGAGUCAUGAGACACUUAGGGUCACAUUUAUGGAUGUUCCUUGGAGAUUGAGUGUUGUUCGAGGAAUGAUCUCUCCUUCGCUUUUAACCCUGUAAGGUUCACUCCUAUUAUUUUUUAAGUUAAAAUUCGUAAAUUUUCACUGGCUAUAAAAAAUCACUGUAGGAACAAGUUUAGAUCCAUAAAUUGAAGUCAUUGUUAUUAGAAAGUGUACUUUGCAAUUGUUGCCAAAUGUCAACAUUGACCGUUACGGUCUAUAAGCGGAUUAAAAAUAUAAUUGUAACAAAACACAUUAAAAAUUGCAAUAAUAUUUUAUUACAAAAAAAAUCAAAGUAUUUCCAUCAAAAACGAAAAACAAUAUAUUCCGUAUAAAAAAUAUACAAGGUGAGACAAAUGUGAAAAUUAUAACAUAAAGGAAUCUAUCUCACAGAUGAAAAUGAACAAAACAAUUAUUUUUAUCAUUUAGGCAUAGCCGACACAUACAUUUUCGGCACAUUAUUCGAGAAAAUCCCGUAGUGCACAUUCGGCAUCUUCCCUUUGUCGUAUGAACUGGCCAAUGACCAACAGUAUCCUUUCUGGUAACAUCUGAAGGUCUUGGAACGACUGGGUGUAUUAUUAUUGAAUUGGACUUAGGUGAUGAUACCGGCCUUCCAGGUUUCGGUUUCCCAGUGGUGGACAAGCCCUUUGCAAUAUCACAUCUAAAUUCUUUUAGGGGCAUACACUUCUUUUCAUUUUUAUUGUUCUCUUUGUAUAGUAACCAUGCGUUGACUAUACACAUGUCGAUGAUAUAGGCGAAAAUCGGGAAGUACCACCGCUUAGCACGACCAGGAGUUCUGUAAAGCCCGACCAGCGAAUUUGACUUAUCAACACCUCCCAUAUGCCUGUUGUACUCCAUAAUAAUGGAUGGACAAGGUAUAUUCGUUUUACCUUUUUUUUCUUUGCAAUAUCGACGAAGCGUAUUUUCAGGGGAUACACCAUGAAUUGUACUUCCAAUCAAAACACAUUUAUUGUCAGCCCAUUUGACAAUUAUGCAUUCCCUGUUUGUGGACUUGUAGUCAUACUUUCCUCUGCCUUUUUUUAGCAAUUCCUUAUCAGAUAUCAGCUGGCAGCCAUUUAGUCUAUUGUUCCGAAGAGUUCCUAAGCUAUAAAUGUUGAAUCUGUGCUUUAGAUAUAAAAAUAAGUUCACACUCGAAAAAUAAUUGUCAAAGUACACAAUACUGUGAGCUGGGUUUUGGAUGGUUUUAGUGAGAGCAAUAACUACGCUACUACCAACUCCCAUAGCCAGUUCAUUUUCUGCUAACUGCAUGGCAGUGCCAUCUAAUAAAGAAAAAGUAUUUUUCCCUUGAUAUGGAAUAAAAGAGUAAAUCAAUCCCGAUACUCCAGCUCUCAUGAAGAAUUUGUAACCCCAUUUGUGUGGUUUGUUUUUCAUAUAUUGACGAAGGUUACCUGCCCGUGUACCUUUGUACGGUACCAUUGUCUCAUCAAUGGAGAAACGAUUUUCUAUCUCAAACUUAGAUCAGUUUCUGUUGACUAUGUCCAAGAGCGGUCUAAUUUUAUAAAACCUAUCUUGAGAACUGCCAACUAAAGAAUUAUCAUUGAAGUGUAUAUAUCUGCGUAAUUGUUUGAAUCUCCUUAGUGACAUAACAUUCGCUAUAGAUUCAAUUCUUAGAGUAGCCGACCAAUAAUCUUUGUAACUAGGAAGAGAAAUGACGCCCAUGUAGAUAAGGAUAGCAAUAAAAUUAGUAACUUCUUUGUUAUCUGUAUCUAGACUUUUCCCAGUCAUUUGAGUACAAUACAAAUUUGAUUCCUUCACUAUCAGUUCAAUGCAUUCAUAUGAGAAAAACUCUAAAAAGUACUGUAAUGGAUAAUGAUAAUUAUCAUCUCCAAAGUUUACAUCUGACGUAGGUUUUUCAAAAUUAGGUAAAUCUUCCUCUACCCAAUUAUAUACGACAUCAGCCUUUUGGAUCCUUCGAUUGCUCUUCUUCCUUCUUUUAGAAGCUAUUGGUUUUAUUUCUUCGUCAUCUGACUCAUCCGAGGAGCUACUGUUAUUCUGAAUAACUUCAACUGUAGACCUACUUGAGCAAGGCAACGGAUUUACAUCAUCUGCAUCAUUACUUCCGAGGCGUAACACAUCAUCUUCCAAAUUUUCAUUAUCGGAAUCACUUUUAUCUGAAAUAUCGGAUAUUUCUAGAUUAGCCGGCAAUACAGGUAUAAAGUCUGUCUUCUUUUUGUAAAAACACCUCGCCGAAAUGGUUUUUAGAUUUUCGAAAGGAUCCAUUUUUCAAGCUGCAACGAAACAAAAAUGGAUAAAACAGUAUCUUACAUUGGCUCAACCAUGAAGGUUCAAUGUUGACAUAUGGCUACAAUCGUUUUCAAACUUCAUUUUCUAUACUCUCCUAUGCUACUUUGGAUAAUCUUACCAUGUAUUAUGUGUUUUGGACAUGUACAACCAAUAUUAUAUCAUACUAAUGUAUUUUAUGAAAAUUUACCUACCUAAUUAUCUCUCAAACACGCCAGUGCAACGACGCCGGCGAAACGAACUGAACAGCUGCCGGUUGACAUAUUAAAAAAUUAUUUCUCGAUUUCGCUAAUAGAUGGCGGAUGGUAACUGCGCCUAACUUGAGGCUGUUUCCACAUGUCUACAUCGAGCAAUAGAGUGUACAAGGGAUAGAAAACGUUAGAAGAUACCUAAAAGAUCGUUGUAGACAUAUGGCUACAAGGUGUCUUACAGGGUUAAACAAACAAUAACGCUUCCUCGAGGUACAUUCAAGGUAGGUUGUGACAGUUGUCAUGACAGGUUUUAAAUUUUUUUAAAUCUUCGCCAAUCUUUUAUUUUGAAAAUGUUCAUUCUAAUGAAAUUUGUUUUAUAUUUUGGGGUUGCAGUGGCAACAUAUUUGUCAUUCCAUUGAUGACAACUGUUACAUCCUAUUGUGAAAUGCAAAUGUUAAAUCCUCCCUUGAACGUUCCUCAAGUGAGCAUUAUUGUUUGUUCAAAAUUCAAGAAGAGAUUUUCCCUCAAAGGGCCCUUAAUCCUCAAGGAACUUUUAUACGUGUGACACUAUUUUUUUUAAGUUUAGUUUAUUGAGAUGGAAUGCGAAAUUUUUUUUUAUUAGUCUCCAAGUCUCGACCAAAAACGUAGUAUAAGUGUAUGUAUUUUAUUUAGUUCUCCUUUUGUGUUUGAGUGUGGUAUACGCACUACAAUACGAUUUUUAAUUUAAAUAAAAUGAAUU